AUGGGAAUGGUCUUUGGAAAGACGGGGGUUGCAGAGCCAGUUUAUGAAACCUUAUUCCUUCGGUCCAAACACUCCAAGAAACCAUGCUCCACAGAAUACGAAAUCCGCAAGUACGCCACCCGGUAUGCCAUCGAGACGGAUAACUCCAAAGAAAACAAUGCCUUUCGAUUGUUGGCGGGAUAUAUUGGUGUGGGUGGGCCUCCGCAAAAUGAAGGAUCCAAAAGCAUUGCCAUGACAGCUCCUGUGGCCACUACUACUACUACUACUUCUAAUGCCAAUAGCAGUAGUAGUGGCACGCAAAUUUCCAUGACGGCUCCGGUGGUUUCCACAAACUACUCCAAGGAUAACAUCAAUUCGUCAGAACGUACCAUGCAAUUUUAUCUUCCAUCGGAAUUUGAUUCCAUGGACAAGAUUCCAAAACCAUCCGAUUCUCGAGUUCGGAUCAAAGAAGUCCCUCCUGAAACAGGUGCCGUUCAUACGUUUAGUGGUAGCAUGUCGGAAGAAGUGGCCAAUUCUAAGGUGACAUCACUAGUCGAACAGUUGCAAGAAGAUGGACUGGAUAUCGCAAGAGAAGAUGCCAUGAAAAACUAUUUACUAUGGCAAUUCAACCCCCCCUUUACCAUACCGUCACUCCGACGGAAUGAAAUUUGGAUUCCACUGACGGUCGAACAAGUAAAGGCCCACUUGGAACGGUUUUCAGAAUAA